AUGGGUGGCACAAGCACUAAGAUCUUCAAAAAGGGGGCUUCUGCAUUUUCAACUGUGACUGGUUCAGACAACGAAAGUGAAUACCAAACUAAGACCUUCGAGAGAACAUUCAAAGGAAGUCCCUUUGUAUUGAUUCGGCAAGGAUCGAUGUACUUUGAUGAAGAUGGUGAUCUAGCACAUGAGUUCUAUGUUGAAGUGGUGCCACAGGGCAAGAGAGGCAAACCAACUAUGAAAAAAGUAACUGAAUCCUUACAACCACAAGGCAGUGUACCUCUUCCUUAUCCAAGACUUCAUGUGGACUACCCAGCUGUCCUUUAUCAGGGAGAAUAUUAG